AUCAUCUUUAACAAAGUGUGUUCACACUGAAGUGGACAAGCAAUUUUGUUUGUCAUCGGCAAUUUUCAUACAACUUUUCUAAUUGUUUUAAAUAAGAACUAAAAAUGGCUUUGGCUGAAAUCUGCAAGAUAUCCAAUGCUCCAUACAUGAAACCUACUGCCUGGUCGUCGGCGGAUGUGGAGGACGACCUGAAGGGUCUAACCUGCAACUUUGCCAAUCCCUACACACUGGCUGCUCCGCCAUUUGAGAACCCCGUUCACAACCUUAAUCAGAUCCAGGCAAAUGCUGACAAGACCGGCAUCAAAAUCGAUUUCGAUCACGGUACCACAACGCUGGGCUUCAAGUUCAAGGGCGGCGUUCUCCUGGCUGUGGAUUCCCGAGCCACUGGUGGAUCAUACAUUGGUUCCCAGUCAAUGAAGAAGAUCGUGGAGAUUAACCAGUUCAUGUUGGGAACUUUAGCCGGCGGAGCAGCUGAUUGUGUAUACUGGGACAGGGUCCUUUCAAAGGAGUGCCGUCUGCACGAGCUGCGCAACAAGGAACGUAUUUCAGUUGCUGCUGCCAGCAAGAUAAUGGCUAACAUUGCCCACGAAUACAAGGGCAUGGGUCUGAGUAUGGGCAUGAUGUUGGCUGGUUACGAUAAACGUGGGCCUGGCCUCUACUACGUGGACUCUGAGGGAUCACGCACGCCUGGUAAUCUGUUUUCCGUUGGCAGUGGCUCGCUGUAUGCCUACGGAGUACUCGACUCCGGCUAUCACUGGGAUCUGGAGGACGAAGAGGCCCAGGAGCUGGGACGUAGGGCCAUCUACCAUGCCACCUUCAGGGAUGCCUACUCCGGUGGCAUCAUUCGUGUGUAUCACAUUAAAGAAGAUGGCUGGGUGAACAUCUCAAACACCGACUGCAUGGAGCUGCACUACAAGUACAAGGAGCAGCAGCAGACAGCUAAGUAGACUUUGGAUUAAGGGAAUAUAAGAUAUUCAGUCGAUCGAAAAGUUUGUAUUUCUUGGAAUAAAUAAACAUGGUAGAUACUAA